AUGAAUACAAGCAAGAGCGAGACAGUGAAAGAGCACCCAUUAAAACCUUCGAGGAGAUCCAUGCCAUGCCUGGCCCAGAGCCAAACUCACCCUCAAAGCCUGAGCAAGCAUUCUUCAUUCCUGCAGCCAAAUCGUGUGCAGCCCCAACCUCUGAGUGCAGGGACAUCCACAGCCACAGUGGAUGUUGUGUCACAACGAGCUAAAGUGAUGGAGACUUUGGAAAACAACCUGCUUAAGCUGUCUAACACAGAAUACCAUGAUCCAUUUUUAGAUGGAGGAAAGGACAAAGAUACCUAUACAGAUGAYUCAGAACAUGGGAAUUAUGAUACUCGCACAGAUCAGUCAUUGCUUAUUAAAAACAAGCUCACCAGGCAGAAAACAGAACCUCGAACUAAAUCGUCUUUAAAGAGUGAUGCCAUGGCAUCAUCRGGACUCUUCUUCAAAGAUGGCAAAAAGCGCAUCGACUACAUCUUGGUCUACAAGAAAUCAAGCCCMCAGGUAGAAAAAAGAAGCACAUUUGAGAAGAAUUUGAGAGCAGAAGGGCUGAUGUUAGAACGGGAGCCAGCUGUCACCAACAGUGAUAUCAUGUUUGUUAAAAUCCACUGUCCCUGGGAGACUUUGUGCAAAUAUGCAGAGAGAAUGAACAUCAGGAUGCCUUUCAGGAAAAAAUGUUAUUACACUGACUGGAGGAGCAAAACCAUGGGCAGUUUGCAGAGGAAUAUUAGAGAAUUGAAAAGUUGGCUGCCCAGAAAUCCCAUGAAGCUGGACAAGGAGGCCCUGCCUGACCUGGAGGAGACAGAUUGCUACACUGCACCCUUCAGCAGGGCACGGAUCCACCAUUUCACGAUAAACAACAAAGACAGCUUCUUCAGCAAUUCCACAAGAAGUAGAAUUGUGCAUCAUGUGCUCCAGAGAACUAAGUAUGAAGAUGGAAAAUCCAAAAUGGGUAUUAAUAGGUUACUAAAUAAUGGAACAUAUGAAGCAGCAUUUCCACCACAUGAGGGGAGCCACAAAAGCAGACAUCCCAUCAAAACACACGGAGCACAGAAUCACAGACACCUCUUGUACGAGCGCUGGGCACGGUGGGGGAUGUGGUACAAAUACCAACCUCUUGAUUUAAUCAGGCGAUACUUUGGUGAAAAAAUUGGGCUGUAUUUYGCCUGGCUGGGAUGGUACACUGGAAUGCUUAUUCCUGCUGCCCUGGUUGGGCUCUUUGUUUUCCUCUAUGGAUUAUUUACAAUGGAUUCCAGCCAAGUAAGCAAAGAGAUCUGCGAGGCAAAUGAAACCAUUAUGUGCCCUAUGUGUGAACGCAACUGCACACUACAAAAACUCAACGAGAGCUGCAUAUAUGCCAAGGUUACACAUUUGUUUGAUAAUGGAGGGACCGUCUUCUUUGCAAUUUUCAUGGCAAUUUGGGCCACAGUCUUCCUGGAGUUUUGGAAAAGAAGGAGAGCUGUAUUAACCUAUGACUGGGACCUCAUAGACUGGGAAGAUGAGGAGGAAGAGCUGCGUCCCCAGUUUGAAGCUAAAUAUUCCCAAGUGGAAAGAGUAAAUCCCAUCACAGGAAAACCUGAACCCUUCCAGCCUUUCCCUGACAAGCUCAGUCGACUGAUGGUGUCUGUCUCAGGAAUAUUCUUCAUGAUUUCCCUGGUCCUCACUGCAGUGUUUGCAGUGGUGGUGUAUCGCCUGGUAGCCAUGGAGCAGUUUGCUUCUUUCAAGUGGUAUUUCAUCAAGAAGUAUUGGCAGUUUGCAACGUCUGGCACUGGAGUCUGUAUCAAUUUUAUGAUCAUCAUGUCACUCAAUGUUGUGUAUGAAAAGGUUGCCUAUCUCCUGACAGAYUUAGAGCAUCCUAGAACAGAAUCUGAGUGGGAAAACAGCUUUGCCUUGAAAAUGUUCCUCUUCCAGUUUGUCAAUUUGAACAGCUCCAUCUUCUACAUUGCCUUUUUUCUUGGCAGAUUUGCAGGSCGCCCAGGAAAGUACAACAAGCUUUUUAACAGAUGGAGGCUGGAGGAGUGUCACCCUAGUGGCUGCUUGAUAGAUCUCUGCUUGCAAAUGGGAGUUAUUAUGGUUUUAAAACAAAUGUGGAACAACUUCAUGGAGCUAGGCUACCCUUUAUUACAGAAUUGGUGGUCACGACGCAAAAUGAAGAGAAGAGGGCAAUCAAUGGAGAAUAAAAUUUCUCUACCUCAGUGGGAAAAAGAUUGGAAUCUGCAACCAAUGAAUCUCCAUGGUUUAAUGGACGAAUAUUUAGAGAUGGUUUUGCAGUUUGGCUUUACCACCAUCUUUGUGGCUGCCUUCCCACUGGCACCUCUCCUGGCACUGCUCAACAAUAUCAUAGAAAUCAGAUUAGAUGCUUACAAGUUUGUCACUCAGUGGAGAAGACCUAUGCCUGCAAGAGCAACAGAUAUAGGUAUUUGGUAUGGAAUUCUGGAAGGAAUUGGAGUUCUGGCUGUCAUCACCAAUGCCUUUGUCAUUGCCAUUACUUCUGAUUACAUUCCACGUUUUGUCUAUGCAUACAAAUACGGUCCCUGCACAGACCAAGGGUACAGRCAAGAGAAAUGCCUAAAAGGAUAUGUCAACAGCAGUUUAUCAGUCUUUGAUUUGAGUGAACUUGGGAUGGGAUACUCAGGAUACUGUCGGUACAGAGACUACAGAGCCCCUCCAUGGAGUUCAACCCCCUAUGAAUUCACACUGCAGUUCUGGCACGUGCUGGCAGCAAGGCUGGCCUUCAUUAUAGUGUUUGAGCACCUUGUUUUUGGAAUAAAGUCUUUCAUUGCCUACCUAAUUCCAGACAUACCCAAAGACUUGUGUGACAGAAUGAGAAGAGAGAAAUAUUUAGUCCAAGAAAUGAUGUAUGAGGCUGAACUGGAACAUUUGCAGAGAGAAAGGAAAAAGAACGGGAAACAAUAUCACCACGAAUGGCCUUAGUCACUACUACAAGUUUUGCUACAACAAAAAACACUGUUUGAAAUUGGGGAARAGUUGCAAAAUGAAGUCAGUGUGGCACCAGUGUGGGAGAUUUUGUGGUGUUUAUCUGUUCUUGCUGGGCACUACGGCUGCGUAUUUCGGCAGGCACUGGAAAAGAGAUGUUUCCAACAAUGAUGAGGAAAAGCCUUACCUGAAACUGGUGGGUGAUGAGCUCCAAGGACAGUUGGAAUUCAGAAAUGGGUGCAGGCAGAUUGAAAAUCUGGACACUGUUUUUAAAAAAGGCAGUGAAUUUUCAUGCUGUUCGUGAAGAUGCUGUCGGCAUGGUGAAAACAGGAAAUUACCUGUGAGCCUAUAGAGUAAGGGCAUGGCUAAAACCAACUUUUGUGAUAUCCUCUACUUCUACAGCUUCUGAUUGCUCAGCUCCAUCUGUAAUGCCUCUAAAGAAAAGAGCAGUUGUUGCCUUUGUGGCCAUAACUUGAUCUUUCAGGCUUACUGUUUUGUCAGGUUUGYCCUAGUCUCUUGUUGAGAUUGUGGAUGUGGUCCUACCCUAAAAAAAAAAAGGGGUCUGUGGCUGCUAAAUAUAUACUAUGCAGUUUAAGAUUUGCACAUCAGUGUCAUUAAUUUAUCCAUCGAGUUGAAAACCAAAAAAUCCAAAUUCAGAAAGAAAACAGCAGCACUGGAAUGCUGUUGCCCAUGUUGUAGUUCUGUUUGAAAAUGACACAGCUGUUGAGUCGUUUUUCCACUUUUUUUGUGUGGAAAGGCCAUCUCCACACUCUUCCAGGAUGGAAAAACUGUCAUUUUCAUGCUGACUGUGUUACUGUUCCUCUUGACCUGUCUGGGCAAUGAUUCCAUGAAAUGCUAACUUGAAAUAGUCCCAUGCAGUGCACAUGACUUGCUCUUCAAAAACACAAUUAUAUCUUUGCAGUAUGCAAGCUUCUGCAGAUAAAUAUGAGACAUGCAGUAUAAUGCUGUGGCUUGCUUGUUCAGGGAAGGAGAAGAGCAAUAUAUAACAAUGUUCUUCUUGUCAUAAUUGUAAAUGUUCCACUAAUGUACAUUUCUUUUAUUGGCCUAAAUAUGUCAUAAUUUUGGAGUUGGAUACAGGCAAAUAUGUAUACAGGUUGUAUAUAAAUGCAUACACACACGGUGGUUAGAUUUACUAUUAUUAUUAUUAUUAUUAUUAUUAUUAUUAUUAUUUGUAUGCCUUCUUACACUUUGGGGGGGAUUUUUUCGAUAAAAUCACUAAAAAGAUAGAUGUUCAUUGAGGAAUCAAAUUUGAGUUUUUAUGUGCAAACAGCAUACUGCAGUGUUGCUUCUGUUKAAUAGUCACAUUUUGGUGAUGAAAUUGUUUGUUACUAAUUUUCGUAAUAUGGAAAAAGCACUUUUAAACAAGUUGGAAGGGAUACUUYGCAGGGAAGGGAAGGAGAAACAGUUAUAGUUCUGUUUCUCUUGUACAAUUUUAAAUAAYGCUUCUCUAUAUUGGAUGAGAAAAAUUUUAAAAAUCAAGAAUCAGCAAAGCACAGUAACUACAAAAUCUGAAUUUUAGCAUUAUUUUUAGGGAUAAAGCUGCAGCAAAAUCRCUYCUGACAGAUACUAAAAGACCUGAACUUUUGCUAUUUACAUUAUCCUAUUGAACUAAAAAGUGUGAUUCCAGUAUUCACUUCCAUUUACGAAGCACAACAAAUUUAUUUUAUUUUAUCAUAAUUAAUUUUCAAGAGUCAGGAGCCCAUCAAAGUGGGUGAAUAGCAUCUGUUGUAUCCAGAGACUUUUCAGUUCAUCAGUUAUUUCACCAUAUUCAUGAAAUUUCUGGGUUAAUUCCAGCUCUGUGCUAGACAGGGCAAUUGUAGGAGUGUUUACACUGCUGCAUGAAAGGAGGAGACAAAUUUGAAGAUCUGGUCCAGUCAGAUACAUUACCCAUUCCUUCUGUGAUAAAGGGCUGAUGGAACUCAGCUUGCCAUAUUUUGGAAAGGCUGUUUGGUUCCUUUGCAUUUCGGGUUGUGAAGUUCCUCAGGAGAAGAUUGGUGCACUCUGCUCAGUGCCAGUAGAAUCACAAAGUUUGAUUUAAUUCAUUGUCUCUGUCUCAUUCUGUGGAUUGUGAGGCACCAUUUGGCAGCAUUAACCCUGUGCCACAGUUUUUGUUUCUGUGCCAUGUAGUGAUCAUGCUUCAGUUCUUCAGAAGGUCACAGAUGAGCUCUUUUUAAUGUGUUCUCGAAAAGCAAAACGUCUUGGCUGGCCCAAGGUAGAAAGAUGCAGGGUAAAACCAGGCAAAAAUCAGAAAUAUUGAUUAUUUUAUACUUGUUUUCUGCUCUUGGUAUUGACACAUGUCAAUACAUACUUAGGCAAAUUCCAAUUGGACUUGAAACACCACAUUAAAAAAUCUUUUUAUAUUGGAGAUUUCCCUAUAUAUAUUACGAAUUCUUUUCAACACUGAUAUGUAGGAGUACAUGAAAGGCAAGUAUGUAAAUCUGGCAUAGACAGAUACGGUGAAUUUUAUGCACARGAAAAGCACAAGAAGUUUGGAGAAACACUCUCUGUGUGUUUUUUGCUUUUGGAGGACAUCAGCAACAUCUCAAGGUCUUGCCACUGUCUCRCCAUUUGCUUAAGCUGAGAAACCUUUUUGCUGGACUUUGCUUAGUAUGCUGUUUUCAUGGACUGCACGUUAYUUUCCUAAAGAACAAGGCACACACUGUCCUCAGGAAUAAUGUAUUUUUUGAAUGGUGAAUGAUCUUUUCAUAUUCUAAAUAUUGUCUUUUCCAACAGAUGAYUAGUAUGACUAGACUGUGCAUGCAGGCUGAGUUUGUGACGUUUGAUAAAGCUUUAGAAUCUCAAUUUCUGUGCAAAAAUGCUUUAGAUCGUUGCAGAUCUAAUCUAUGACAACUUUGCUCUAUGCAUGCGCCCUUGGAGAGACUGCAUGAGCAACUYGAUAUUUUUAUAUAUAAAGCAUUUGUUAAAAAUGUCUUAAUUAUUCUUAACCAAAUUCUGCAUCUUGAAUUCAGACAAAAGAAAUUUCCAUUUCAGAAAUGGCACAAAGUCCUGAUACGUGAUACACACCUCAUUUCUUAUGAAUUUUUAUUCUAAAUUUCUGCCUAAUGUGUGAGAUCUGAAUUUUGGUGAAUAAAAAAAAAAGGAAAAUAUGAAUUUUGUCUUGUUGGCCAUCCUGAUGAGARGUUUGUCUCCAAGUUUGUCCCCACAAAGAGGGAGGACAAGGGGAUGGAGGGCACCCUCAGUGAGUUUUCAGACCAUGCUGGGUGGGAGUGUGGCUGUGCUGGAGGCAGGAAGGCUCUGCAGAGGGAUCUGGCCAGGCUGGAUCAGGGGGUCAGUGGUGCAAAUUCUGGUUCCGCACUCAGCCAUGACAAUCCCAGGCUGCAGUCAGAGUUCUGGAAAGCUCCAGGGGAAAAGGACCCAGGGGUGCUGGUCCCACACCUCGAGAGCUGUGUCCAGUUUGGGUUCUCAGCUGCAGAGAAGGGCAGGGGAGCUGCUGAGGGAUCCACACUGCUCAGGGCACACCAGGAGCUGAUGACAAAAUGAGAGGACAAACCCUCAGGCUGCACAUGUUAUACAGCAGGAAGAAUUUUUUCACUGAAAGCUUUGGAACAGACUGCCCUGGGAGGUGCUGGAGUCAUCAUCCCUGGAAGUGGUGGAGAAACGACAGGACGUGGCACUUAGGGCUGGGAUUUGUUUGUCAUGAUGCUUGCUCAAAGACUGGAACUGAUAAUCUUUUCCAACAUGAAUGAUUCAUUUCUUUCCUAACCCAUUUUUGUAAAGCAUUUAUAAAUA